AUGAAAGGGAGCGCUCUUCAUUGCCAUUGCUCCAAAUGUUAUUCUGUCCCAGUUCGAAAGCGGGUGCGUAAGCGGGCCCCAACUUUAACAUUACUGUCGCUUCCUGAGGAGGUCUUGCUUUGUGUGCUCCAGUGCCUCUCUGCUGAAGACUUGCUGUCUGUUAGAGCUGUUCACUCUCAGCUUCGGGGAAUUGUUGACGACCAUUCCAGUGUUUGGGCUCGGAUCAGUUUUAAAGAUACCUGGCCUACUCCUAAAACCUUAUGGCUUUUUGAAAAAGCUGCGGAAAAAGGGAAUUUUGAAGCUGCAGUCAAACUAGGAAUUGCCUAUUUAUAUAAUGAAGGACCGUUAUUAAGUGACGAGGGACGAGCUGAUGUUUGUGGCCGAAAAGCAGCCCACUACUUCAGUGUUGCUGAGGUCUUGCGUCCCCUGAGUGCCGACCCCUUCGUAUGGGUGUUCAUCCGACCUCCCUGGUCACCCAGUGGCAGUUGCUGUAAAGCUGUAGUAUUUGACCACAUGAAGAAUGAGUGUGACAAUAACAAGGACAAUCGAGGGCCCUUACUACACUGUUUGGCCCGAGUCCUGCAAUUCUUUGAAGAGGAUAAAAAGCACUGUGAAGCAAGGGCCAUGCUGGUACAAUCUUCCCUGGCUGGUUGUCUUCAAAGUUCAUACUCUUUAUGGGAACUCAAUCGGAAAACAUCUAGCAAUGAUCCUGGAAGAUAUCUACAAUGUGUGCGGACUCUAAGGGACUACGCUGCCAAAGGAUGCUGGCAGGCACAAUUAACCCUGGCUAAGUUGUGCAGUGUUGGAAAUCCGCUGGGUUUGGAAACAAAGGCUUGCACUGAUUUAGUGGCUCAGCUUUUUAGUCCUUCCAACACAUCCAGCUCUGACUCUCUGUGCAUCGUGAAACGAGGGAUCAAGGAUAGCAUGAGGUACAUACUUGUUGACUGGCUUGUGGAAGUAACAACAAUGAAGGACUUCUCCAGCCUGACCUUGCAUGUGACCGUGGGUUGUGUUGACCGGUAUCUGACCUGGCGCUCUGUUCCCAAAGCUUGUUUGCAGUUAUUGGGAAUAGCCUGCAUGGUUGUUUGCACAAGAUAUGUUAGUAAAGAAAUUUUAACAAUUCGUGAAGCAGUCUGGCUUACGGACAACACGUACAAGUAUGAGGACUUGGUACGAAUGAUGGGAGAAGUAAUGUCUGUGCUGAAAGGAAAAAUCCGUAGCCCCACCCUUUUGGACUAUGGAGAGGUUCUGCUGUCUCUGCUGCCUCUGGAGAGGAGGUCCACUCACCUCUUCAGCUACAUCUGUGAGCUGUCCCUGCUCUAUGCUGCUCUUUCUGUACCUCCACCUGCCAAACUGGCCUGUGCCGCGCUGCUGCUUACACGAGCACUACAUCACUAUGCUCCUCUCUGGCCCUGGCAGCUGUCUGACUACACAAGCUUCUCCAAAGACGACCUUGUUCCUCUUUGUUUGCUGCUUUUUGUCAAAUGUUUCAGUGAGGAUGUUCCGAAAGAUUACAGGCACGUAUCUCUUACUGGUGUGAAGCAACGAUUUGAAGAUGAGUCUUACCACUGCAUCAGCAAAGAAAAGGUGAUGGAUUAUAAAGAAUUGUGUCAGAUGUUGGAAAUCCCAGAAGAGAAGCCACUGGAGGAACCACUCAGUCCAACAGUCACUGCACAGGAUUGCACCUUCCUGGCCUCCCCAUCCAGCACCAGCAAAAGGAGACGUGAUGAGGGUGUGCACACAAAUAGAGGCAGUUUCAUGUCUACGCCCACAGCUGAGCUCUCAAACCAGGAAGAAACACUGCUGGGAGAUAUGCUGGACUGGAGCUUGGACACUUCCUGUUCUGGAUAUGAGGGGGAUCAGGAGGAGAGUGAAGGAGAGAAAGAUGCGGAUUCCUCCAUGAUUUCUCUUAAACUACACCCUGUGACUGAUGCAAAUGACAAAUCGCUGCACUGUCGUGCCAUGUCCAGUGACGAUGACAGCAUCUGUGAGACCGACCAGGAGCUUGCAGAGAUCGUCAGCCCACCUCGCAUUUCGACAUGUGUGAACCUACAGAGUUCAGGGUAUUCCAGUGUGAGCCCUUCCUCGUCAUGUUCCUCCUCAUCACUCAUCCCCUGCACAUUGAAAAAUGUAACCUCUAACCUGGGGUUGACCUCUGCCAAUGCUCAACCUGGCUUCCGCCUUCUCGUACCCAUGCAGCGCCCACGGGGAAAUUUUAGCAGACAAGUUAAAAGGAAAAAUAAAGCUGCGCACAGUGGAGGUGAAGUGGACAAGAUCGACUAUGAUGAAGAUGAUUGGUCAGUCGCAUUAAAGCACUUGGACGGGAAGAGCCUGAGAAGUCCAUGUUGGAACCUGCUCCCACACAAAGCCUCUCAAAGGCCUAAUUGCGUGUUAUCUGUGAAAAUGGCAAUCGUUAGACAACUCAAGCUGCUGUUAUGGAAAAAUUAUCUUCAGCAGAAACGUAAAAUUCUGGUCACUGUGAUUGAGAUACUCCUUCCACUGCUCUUCUCGGGGAUACUAAUUGGCCUGCGACAGCGGGUUCCAACCUCGACCUUCCCAAAUGCCACCGUUUAUGAGUCUUUCGAAGUGGACAGUUUGCCGAAUCCUCUACUCCAUAUCAUGCAGCUGGCCUACGUCCCCCUCAACUCCAGUGCGGUGCGGCAGGUGGCGGAGGACGUGCGUGCCAACCUAACACUCCAUUCAGUGCGUGGCUUUGAUACAGAAGAUCAAUUUGAGGAGUUUGUCCGAACUGACCCAUAUUCUCACCUGUUUCUGGCCGCUGUGGUUUUUCACCACCCUCUGCUCCUCCAUGAUGAACCCCUCCCCAUUAAGGUGAACUACAGCCUGAGGUUCAGCUACACGCCUCGCUUUGCACCGGCAUCAGAGCAAAUGGAGUUUAACCCAAACAGUGACCUGGACUGGCACACGCGCAGCCUCUUCCCCCUGUUUCAGCUGCCAGGCCCCCGGGAGCAGUACUCUCCAAUGGGAGGAACUCCAGGCUAUUACAGAGAGGGCUUUCUGGCCGUACAGCACGCGGUGGACCGGGCCAUCAUUCGCUCUCACGGUGGCGCCGCGUCUCACAGCCUGCUGCAGAAGACCAGAGUGAUCAUGUCGAGGUUUCCCUUUCCCGCCUUCAUCUACGACGUCUACAUCCUGGUCAUUCAGAACCAGCUGCCCUUACUGCUCGUCCUCAGCUUCACUUACUCGGGUAUCAGCAUCGUGCGGUUUAUCGUGCAAGAGAAAGAACGAAAGCUCAAAGAGUACAUGAGGAUGAUGGGGCUAAGCAACUGGCUUCACUGGAGUGCUUGGUUCCUCAUGUUUUUCCUCUUCCUCUCCAUUUCCGUUCUAUUGGUCACUAUUCUGCUCUGUAUUCAGGUGACCUCAAAUGGGGCUGUACUGACCCACAGUGACCCAAGCCUUGUGUUUGUUUUCCUGCUGACAUUCACUGCAGCUACAAUAAACUUUUGCUUUCUGAUCAGUGCCUUCUUCUCCAGAGCCAAUUCAGCAGCAGCAGCAGGGGGGUUCCUCUAUUUCCUGACUUACCUGCCUUAUUUGUUCAUAUGGCCGCGCUAUGACUUGCUGAGCCAUUCCCAAAAGGUUUCGUCCUGCCUUAUCUCAAAUGUAGCUAUGGCAAUGGGUGCUCAGCUCAUCGGAAUGUUUGAAGGCAAAGGCACAGGGAUCCAGUGGUAUAACUUAGUUGAUGCGGUGACGGUGGAUGAUGACUUCUCCAUGGCGCAGGUGUUAGCUAUGCUUCUAUUUGACGCUGUGCUGUACGGACUCCUGGCCUGUUAUGUAGAGGCUGUGUUCCCUGGAGAGUAUGGCUUACCGCUACCACCACAUUUCUUUCUAUUGCCUUCUUACUGGAAAGGCAAACCGGUGCUCAGUGAGAAGGAAGAGGAGGAGGAUGCUGAAAAGGCACUGAAAGGAGAGUUUAUUGAACAGGAGCCAGGUGGACUUGUCGCUGGGAUUAAAAUAAAACGUCUCGUUAAAGAAUUUAAAGUAGGCAAUAAGAUGCGUAAGGCCGUGCGUGAUCUUACACUCAAUAUGUUCGAAGGGCAGAUCACAGUUCUGCUCGGUCACAAUGGAGCCGGAAAGACCACAACACUAUCCAUGUUAACAGGACUGUUCCCUCCCACAAGCGGCAGGGCUUAUAUCAGUGGCUACGAUAUCUGCCAGGACAUGGCCCUGAUUCGACAGAGUCUGGGUUUGUGCCCUCAGCACGAUGUCCUCUUUGAUGACCUGACAGUCAAAGAACACCUGCUCUUCUAUGCACAGCUGAAAGACUACUCCAAAGAAAAAAUCCCAGAGGAAGUGCACCGCAUGAUCCGUAUCUUAAAACUUGAGAACAAAGAAAAUGCUCGAGCCAAGACUCUUUCUGGAGGAAUGAAAAGAAAACUAUCGAUUGGCAUUGCUCUUAUUGGAGACUCUAAGGUGGUGAUGCUGGAUGAGCCCACCUCAGGCAUGGAUCCUUCAGCCAGACGGGCCACGUGGGACCUGCUGCAGGGAGAGAAGCGUGGACGCACCAUCUUGCUCACCACACACUUCAUGGAUGAGGCAGAUUUGUUGGGAGAUCGUAUCGCUAUCAUGGCAGGAGGGGAGUUACAGUGCUGUGGGUCCUCACUGUUUUUAAAGAAUAAAUAUGGUGCUGGCUACCACAUGGUCAUAGUGAAAGGCGCCCUUUGUAAUGUGUCUGAGAUCUCCCGCCUGGUGCAUCUGUAUGUUCCCAACGCUACUCUAGAGAGCAGCGCAGGGGCCGAGCUUUCCUACAUCCUGCCCAAAGAAAGCACCAGCAGGUUUGAGCUGCUCUUUGCUGAGCUGGAGAUGAAUAGAGACGAGUUGGGCAUCGCCAGCUACGGGGCCUCAGUGACCACUAUGGAGGAGGUGUUUCUGAGAGUGGGAAAGCUGGUGGACUCCAGUUUGGACAUCCAGGCCAUCCAGCUGCCCGCGCUACAAUAUCAGCACGAAAGACGAUCCCACGACUGGACCUCAGACGACGCCAGCAGUAUCAGCGGAAUGACCGAUGUGACCGAUUUCACAGACAGCGGUACUCUAAUCUCAGAGGACUGCUCCAACAUUAAGCUCAACACCGGGAUGAAGCUUCACCUGCAGCAGUUCUACGCCAUGUUCCUGAAAAGGGCUUUGUACAGCUUUAGAAACUGGAAAAUCAUGGUGGCUCAGUUCCUCGUGCCUUUGAUUUUUACAGUCAUAGCGUUGGUUGUAGCUCAGACUUUACCUGGUGGUCAAAAUACCCCUCCACUCAACCUGGCAUUGAGUCACUAUGGGCCGACCAAAGUUCCUGUAGCCUUGCCCACUAAAUCUGGCUCUUUGGCUUUGGCUCUGGCAAAAACAUACAGCUCCCAGUUGCCUGAUCAGCUGGCGAAACUUGUUAACACCACUGACUUCAUCGAAUAUGUCCUCGUCAACGCGAAAGCAGAAGGCGGGGUUUUCAAUGAGAAUUGUUUGGUGGGGGCUGCUUUUCAAGGCAAGACCAGCCAUUACACCGAAGUGACGGCUUAUUUCAACAAUGAAGGUUACCACACCUCUACCACGGCCCUUAUGAUGGUGGACAACGCAUUGUUUAGGCUAGUCGCCGGGCCCAACGCCUCCAUCAUCACCAACAACAACCCCAUGCCACGCAACAUGACAGAAAUGGCCAAGAGCGAGCUAAGAGAAGGUCAAACCAGCUUUGCCAUUGCAAUAAACCUAAUGUACGGUAUGGCCUCACUAUCAAGCACCUUCGCCCUUCUGCUUGUAACGGAGUCGGCCAUUAAGUCCAAACAUGUCCAGAAGGUCAGCGGCGUGUAUCUUUCCAACUUCUGGUUUUCAGCUUUACUCUGGGACCUCAUCAACUUCCUUCUGCCAUGUCUCCUCAUUCUGGUCAUAUUCAAGUGUUUUGGAGUCAAGGCGUUUACAGUGGACUACCAUCUUGUGGAUGCGUUGUUGAUGCUGCUGCUUUACGGCUGGGCUAUCGUGCCGCUCAUGUACCUCCUCAGUUUCUUCUUCUCCACUCCAGCCUCCGCGUACACACGGCUCACCAUCUUCAAUGUGAUCACUGGGACCGCCACGUUCCUCACCGUCAUCAUAUUGACCAUUCCUCAGUUACAACUGCAGAACUUGUCCAAAAUACUCAGCAAAGUGUUCCUGAUCUUUCCCAACUACUGUCUGGGCAUGUCCUUUAAUGAGUUCUACCAAAACUAUGAAUUCCUCACCUUUUGCACCUCAAAUACUCGUUGUGGCGAUUUGUGCAAAAAGAUGAACAUCACUUAUCAAACAAACUACUUUUCAAUGUCUUCUCCGGGUAUUGGACGAUUCCUAGUGGCCUUAUCGGUGCAGGGCCUUGUUUUUAUUCUACUGCUCUUUUUUAUUGAGCUGCAAUUUGUCAAAACUCUCCAUCGCCUCAUUACCACCUUCUUCAUGCGACGUCAGCAGUUUCCAUUGUCGGUGAAUGCCGCGCUGCUUCCAGAAGACAGCGAUGUUGCUGAUGAGAGAAAGCGUGUCAAUGAAUGUCAACCAGUUGUUGAGUCAAUGAUGGAAAGCCCUCUCGUUGUACAGGAGCUCAGCAAGGUUUACUCGAGCGGGGGUAAACUUCUCGCAGUGGACAGGUUGUCAUUAGCGGUGAGUAAAGGAGAGUGUUUUGGUCUUUUGGGCUUCAACGGAGCUGGCAAGACCACAACUUUCAAAAUGCUGACCGGUGACGAGACGGUUACCUGCGGGGAUGCCUAUAUUGACGGAUACAGCAUCCUGAGAGACAUUAAGAAGGUCCAGCAGCGCAUUGGGUACUGUCCGCAGUUUGAUGCCGUGCUGGACCAUAUGACCGGGAGAGAAACGCUGUGCAUGUACGCCAGGCUGAGAGGAAUACCGGAGAAGUACGUCUCUGGCUGUGUGGAGAACGUGCUGAGGUCUCUGCUUCUCGAGCCUCAUGCCGAUAAACUCAUCCGUAGUUACAGUGGGGGGAACAAGAGGAAGCUAAGCGCAGGCAUAGCUCUGAUUGGUGGGCCGCCUGUUAUCUUCCUGGAUGAACCGUCCACUGGAAUGGACCCAGUCGCCAGAAGGCUGCUCUGGGAUGCUGUCACACGUACACGAGAGUCUGGCAAAGCUGUAAUCAUUACUUCACACAGCAUGGAGGAGUGUGAGGCCCUCUGCACAAGGCUGGCUGUCAUGGUGAAUGGACAGUUUAAGUGCCUCGGGAGCCCACAGCACCUGAAAAGCAAGUUUGGCAGCGGUUACACGUUGUUGGCCAAAGUUCAUGUUGAUGCCGAGCUGGAAGAUACUGACCUUUUGCUGUUCAAACACUUUAUCGAAAGCACCUUUCCAGGAAGCCAACUGAAGGAUGAGCAUCAAGGAAUGGUACAUUAUCAUCUGACAGACAAAUCUCUGACAUGGGCCCAGGUGUUUGGUACUUUAGAGGCUGCCAAAGAGAAAUAUCGCGUGGAAGACUAUUGCGUGAGUCAGAUCUCACUGGAGCAGGUGUUUCUAAGCUUUGCGCAGUUCCAACAUUGCACUCAAGGAGGGAAGUAA